GUUCCUGCGUACUUUGACAAGCAGGUAACAUAAUAUUGGGCGGGAUCAUAUUUGACAAGGGACCAGAUUAUGAAGAAAAAUAAGACAACUAAGAAGACGUCUAAGGCACUGGACGAAAAAGCACAUGACGACAAAAUCACAGAUAAAGGAAAAUCCGAAAAAACAGACAGCUUAGACGAUGAGGAUCAAGGAUUUGGUGGAUGGUUAAAAUCGGAAGACGGCCAGGAUACUAUGAAGCUUUUCGUCGUUGCCAACAGCAUAGUGUUACUUACAACUCUCGCUUAUCCACACGUUCAAACUGUACUGGACAUUGUCUAUGAUGCUUUUUAUGGACCAGAUGCUUUGUAUCCUAUGGAAGUCACAUAUUAAUCUGCAACAACUUUAGGGAAAAUACUGUUCAAUAAGUGUUUUUGUAAAUGUCUUACAAGUACAACCGCUAUCUUAUUGUUUUUAUGCACUUCUCACUUAUUUCUUACUCUUGAAUAUAAACGUCAAAACACUUAGACCGAAUUUAAUAAAAAAAUCUAUUUGUAGUUAUUUUCUAGAUAAUAUUAAAUGCUUUUUGAAUUCAAAUAUUUACGUAUAACAG